UGGAAGUUUCAGGGAAGUGGCUUGCAAAGAUGCUUGGGGUGUCUGCCUUGAGCAGAAGCACCCUGAUAUUGGUGGAAAGAGAAGCGUUGGUUGGGAGCUUUCAUUUCGUUCCUAGCAAUGUGACCGUGACACGUGCAUUUCAUAGUCGUUCAUGAACCAACAAAGUGCAGUUCAUUACCAAAGGAGCCCAAAGGAGCCUGUGUUGCUAAGAAAAUAGCACCCUCUCUUGGUCCAGCUUGAGACCCAUAGGAUGAAUGACGAGAGUUUGUUGAUCACUGAAUCUGCUCAUUCCUGACCUAAAAUCCCUUGUCUCCUUUCUUCUUGUGCAGGCAGAGACCUCCUUCUGGUUUGCUACCGGUGGAGCGGGCUUCUGUAUCAGUAAAAGUUUAGCAUUAAAAAUGGCCCCCUUAGCAAGUGGUGGCCAGUUUACAAACCUUUGUAGCAGAGUCCGCCUACCAGAUGAUGUAUCCAUGGGAUUUGCUAUUGAUGGUCUUCUGAAGGUACCUCUUACUAGACUGGAUGUUUUCAACUCACAUCUACAAGGCUUGAGUAGAUUUGACGAGUCCAAGUUACCCAAACAGGUGACAUUAAGCUAUUACCUCUCGGCUACCAGAAACAACACCAUUACCCUCCACCAUGCAGCAUUCACUAAAGAACAAGACCCAACAAGGUUGAAGUCCUUACACUGCUGGCUAUUUCCCAGAACCUCCAAGUGUUCCUAGCUACAGUUGACACUGUGGAGCGAUGGAACCAUUCGUCAUGUAUUAAAACCGUUCAGUUUCCAAUGGAAUGCUUAUUACCCUUCUGACUGGAUGGAUGUGGGAUGUGGCGCCAGUGGAAGCCCUGUUUGGUGCUUAGUAAUAUUUACACUCAGAAAUGGGAAAUGCUGCUUAGCAGAUUGGCUUAUCAAGCUGGACAGCCAGUCAUACAUGUAGAAUUAGCCAUGUGACGUUUUUGGUUGGAUCAUUCUCUGCUUACUGAAGCCAUUCUGCAUUACAGCCUCUUUGUGUGCUAACAUCUACUCAGUCUUUUGUCUCCAUUGAAUUGGUCCAGUUUUGUUUUUACUAUCACAAAAGACUUUUGUUGGAGGAAAGCUAAAAGAAUGAUAAAACUAGGAAAUUUAAAUCAGGUAUGGGGAAGGUAAUGUUCAAACCUCUACAUGUGCACAUUCAAGAGCCAAUGAUUCUUAUGUGGGAUAAUAAUUUUGGCUUAUCAGAUUUUACACAUGUGUGUAUGGGUGAUUGCACUCAAGUCUGUCAUGCAUGAGUGUCAUGGGGGCACUUGCCCCCUCCCUCCCCUGAAAAAAAAAGAAAAAUAAAACUGGGGGAAAAAGAAAAGAAAGAACAAAAGAAAAGAGAAAAGGAGUGAAUGGGAAGGAGAUCACCAAUUGGAAAGAAGAUACCUUAGAAUUGAGCCUUUCUACCAUCAAUGAGUUGUCACUUUGCAGACAAUGAGUACUCCCCUUCCCCCAUAAAAAUCCUAGUAAACACCCAUGCUGUAAUAUGUAAAAAGAAAUGACUUCCACUGCAGUCCUAGGUUUGGGGAGUCCCAUAUUUCAAAACAAGAAAUGUUCAACUUUGAUUGCAACCUCUCUGUGAUUUGCUCGAACGCUGAAGGUUGUUUUAUUUUGGAGCGAUCGAGAAUCAUCCAAGUUUGAGAUGUGUACGUGAACAGUAAAGUGUCAAACUGUCUUGUCCUAUUGCUUGUCAUCUAAAAGUAAGUUUUUCACAGUUUUUUGAGACGUGGUUUGAAGUCCAACUUCCGCCUUCAUGAAAUUGAAGCCAUGACAAUGUUCUCUCUAACUGUAAACAUUACUCUAGUCCUACUUUAUUUGGACAAAACUUCAUUCCUACCAUUCCAGGAAUUUGUGGGUCCUUAAAUUAUCAUUUGAUACAACUCAGUGUUAUUACUUGAAUACAAAGAAUUAAUGUGCCAUGUAUAAAUUGAAAUAAAUCGUUUUCCUUUGAGAUAAUAAGUGCAACUGUUUGAGUACAAGAAGAUAUACCGCAGAAAAAGACCAGAAAUAUUGCUGAAAAACAAAACACAAUCAUUUGUGUUACAAUGGUGAGCUUGUUCUUUGUCAGGGAAAAUAAGUACAUAACAUGUACCUGCUACAAAUUAAUGGAUAGAGUUGUUUGCAACUUGUUUGUUUGUAACCAAAUUUACAAAUGAUUUAUGGAAGUGUAGAGAAAUAUAGUAAUGAAUUAUCCAUUUCAUUCAAAGAGUCCUUUCCAGAAGUGAGCUUUUUUCCCUGAUAGACUUUACACACAUACAUGUAUUAAUAUAUAUUCAAAGAAAUAUCUACGUUGUGUGUUUGCUGUUAGAUUUUAAAAUUUGUGCCAUUGUGAUUUAUUUUAUGUUUUAAUCAGUACAGAUAUUCCUGUUUUGUACUGAAGUGAUUUUGCCGUUGAUGGACAUAAUAUUGUAGACUAUUAUAGAGCAAACUUCCAAUAUUGGUAAUUAAAUGAAAAAAUGAAGUGAUUUAUUGUGUAUUUUGAAAGUAAUGGCUGAAUUUUUGAGAUUUUUCUGCUAAGAAAAGAGGUUUAAAGGCUUCAGAACUGAAGUAUUUGCACAUUGUUGUCAAAUAGUAAUUUAUAUUUAUUACUCAUUGUUGUGGAUGAAUCAGAUUUAUAUUUUUCUAAAAUUUUCAGCCAAGACAAUUGAAAUACAAACUGCAUGUGUUCCUAGAACACGAUUUGAAAGGCCUGUCAUCACCACAUUCCAUGUAGUAGGUAAUUGUCGAUCAAGUUUGAAAAGCAACGUAAUAACCUUUUUAGGUAAAAUGAAAACAAAAAAAAAAAAACAAAUGAAA